UAAAAACGAAUCCCUGCAAAUGACAUAAUUGUCCAAAGCAAACGAUCGUCUUGUAAAUUUAGGUUUUCUUUAGUCUACAUGAUUAUAUUGGACAGUUGUCGAGGUGACCGCAUGUAUAGUACAGGUCGGUUCAGGUGCGGUGGGUUGGACGGGUGAGUGAGUCAGUGCGGGCAGGUAGGCGUGGUGGACUCGAAAGGCGGAACGGAUGCGUUUGGUAGUAGUUGCGGGUUGAAAACUCAAAAUAGUCUAACAUUAUCUAAACCAACACGUAGUACCAAAGUUACAGCGACAGAGCUAUAUCGGAAAGUAAUAACCGGGAGGGUGUUGGUGGUCUUGAGGGUGUGUUCCUACAUCUUUUUAAUGGUCCCAGCCUCAAAGUAUCCUUGUCAUCCAAUGCCAUACUACACACUUCGUGACCACUGAAGAUCCUUCUUUCUUGUCUUCUAUGGAGCCCGAACAGGAGAUUACUCAGUGGUUAUCCAGUCUUCACCUGGCACAAUAUGCCUCCAGCUUCACCCGGGCUGGCUACCAUUAUCUUAGAGACCUCAGGAGCCUAACUGAGGAGAAGCUCGUUAAGAUCGAUAAUAUCCCUACAGGACACCGAAGGAGGAUCUUAAGCAGCCUGGAGAACCUCAUGAUUGAGGCAGAGGGAAGCUCUAUUAAAGUACCUGUGAGGCGAAAGCCGAUUCCAAGGCCUAGACAGGUGUUUUCCAAGGAUGGGCAGAGAGGAACGCCUUGUCGGCAUCCUCAGAGAAAUACCAUGGAAAACCUCCAUAUGGAAAGACAAAAUCUUUCUGAGUCGAAGGGGACUACCAGGGGUCAUGGGCCAUCCUCCAGCUCUAGCUCCGGUUCUGCCAACAGCAGCAACGAAUCAUUGGAGAACUUUUCAGAAGAGCCCAACUCUUUUGGGGAAGAACCUAAUGAGGCCAAUGUAAAGUUUCAGGGAGAAAUGGUUGAGAAUGAAAUAUAUGAGGAAUGCCCUUCGGAUGUUAGGGCAGGAUUAGAACCGAGGUCUACACGUUCCUUUAGGCUACGACACAGACCUGUACCAGACAUCCCUGAACAUCCUUUUUUACCUCCUUUUGACUGGAGUGCGAAUGUAAACAACAAUACUGACCAUAUUACAAAACCAGAGAAUCCUGCUUGCCCUACAGACAUUCGGAAAGCUUCACUUCAAAGGACCUUGUCUCCCAUUGCCCCCUAUGGAGAGCUUUUUUUGUACAAUUCAGCAGAAACCAAACCGGAAAUGGAAAAAGACGUAAUGUUCAAUCAAGACAUAAAGGAGAACCUGGAGUUGAGGAAGGAGACAAAAUCCAAAGAAAAACUGAACAAUAACAAGCAAGAUCCUUCCAAACAUUACAUUGAAGAUGAUGAUGAUUACUCCACUGUUCUACAAUUUACUGUCAGCAAGGAAUCAGUCAAUGAAAGCUCUUCUAAACAACCUACGAACCUUCUCACCAGCCCUGGUCAACAAGUUGUGCGACAAACAGAAGAGAAUGAAAUAUACAGUGUACUAAUGGAUGACUUGCCAGGCCUAGUUGCACCUUCCAUUCAAAAAGACGUUUCCAUUUCACCCUAUGCCUGCUUUUAUGGAGCUCCCAAAACUGCUGUCAAAGCAGGCUGGCUGGACAAACUCUCUCCACAAGGGAACUGUGUGUUUCAGAGACGAUGGGUGAAGCUUGAAGGCGGAAAUCUCACUUACUACAACAGCGAUAAGGAGAUGUACUCAAAGGGCCUGAUCCCCAUUUCAGCAAUUAAACAAGUUCGUGCUCUGGGUGAGAAUAAGUUCGAGGUGAUCACCUCCGUCAGAACCUUCGUGUUCCGGGCAGAGAAAGAAGGAGAACGUCACGAUUGGCUAGAGGUUCUUCAGUCUGCAGUGAGCUCCCAAUCCUCCAUUUCCCAGCAGCCUCGCAACGGUAACACAAACAAGAACGGCUACGUCGAGCUGCGUGGCCUCAAAGGAAGAAUCUACCUCAGCCUCAUGAGAACCAGCUUCAGAAUCUCCAAAACAGAUCAGGACUUUAAUGCUGGACUGGCCAUUUCUGUGGUGGAUUUGACUGCUGCAAGUGUGAAACAUGUUGAGAGGAAAGGCUUUGAGAUCACAACACCUUUCAAAUCCUUCUGCUUUACAGCAGAGUCAGAGCGUGAGAGGGAGGAAUGGAUAGAGGCGAUUCAGGAAUCAAUCGUAGAGUCCUUGUCCAAUUACGAGGUUCUGGAGAAGGUUUGGUUCAACAAGUCCAACAGGAAGUGUGCAGACUGUCAGGCAUCUGAGCCGGAAUGGGCGUCCAUUAAUCUCUGUGUGGUCAUCUGCAAGAAUUGUACAGGUCAGCAUCGAUUUUUGGGUCCUGGUAUCUCCAAGGUCCGCAGCAUGAAGUUAGACAGCAGCAUAUGGAGCAAUGAGCUCAUCGAGCUGUUUUUAGAGGUUGGGAAUAAAAAUUCAAACCGAUUCUGGGCAGCAAAUCUUCCCCCAGAGGAAAAGCUUUGCAAGCAGCCGUCGCCAGAGCAGCGCGCAUCCUUUAUUCGCAGGAAGUACAAGGAGAGGAAGUACAAGAAAGUUCUGGAAGGUCUUAACACCCAGGAGGAACUCAACAAGGCCCUUUGUGCUGCGGUGCUUCUUCCUGACGUCCUGCAGACCAUGACCCUGGUUUUUACCGGAGCAGACGUGAUGUGUGCGACAGGUGACCCUGAGUACUCCACUCCAUACCUACUGGCUCAGAAAGCAGGCCAGAGACUGCAGAUGGAGUUCCUCCACCACAAUAAGCUUUCAGAUUUUCCUAAACUGGAUGCAGUUUGUGACAGCAGUUCUUCGGCUGAUGUUCCCUCUUUCAUGGAUGGAUUUCUCUUCUGUUCUGUGAAUUCAGGCAAGUCCACUUUGGACCGGAGAGGAAGACCUGAUAUAGUUCGACGUUGGUGUACGUUGGAAGGAGGGUUUCUCAGUUACUAUGACAACGAGAAGAUUGCCACACCUAUAGGCCGGUUUGACAUUAGUGAGGUAGUGAGCCUGGCCAUCAACCAUACUGAGAACAUCACUGAAACCGGGCCUGUGUUCACCUUUGAAUUGUACCUGCAGUCUAACAGAGUGUUGGUUUUCGGAGCGGAGUCCUCGGACGCCCAUAGAGAAUGGACAUACGCCAUCGCCAAGUGUUUUGUCCCCUCAAGGGCAGAUGCUCUGCUGAGGCAGGACAGCGAGCUUAUUGGCCGGUUGUACUAUAAAGAGGGUCAUGACCUUUAUCAUUGGCGAAUGGGAUGGUUCGCUCUGGUGGGCUCGGAGCUCUAUUUGUGCUCUGGAGAUGAAGAUGAAGAGGACGGAGUGCUACAACUCAAACGCCUUCAGGAGCUUACUGUUUCCACUCAUAUUGAAGGUGACGAGAAAAUCCAGGUCUUACUCAUGGUUGAGAAGGGAAGAACUGUUUACAUUCAUGGCAUAACCAAGCAAGACUUUGCACUGUGGCACACUGCCAUCCAGUUAGCAGCUAGGACGGACGGUACAGCUCUCAGUAACCAGCAAAUGAAUAAAAAUGAUGUUCCUAUCAUCGUGGAUAGCUGCAUAGCUUUCGUCACCCAAUACGGUUUGUGUUGUGAGGGAAUCUACCAGAAGAACGGUGACCCGGGGCGUGUGGCCAAGCUCCAGGAGGUGUUUACAAACGAUGCCCGGAUUGUUAAGCUACGGUUGCAGGACCACCAGCUAGAAGAUGUAACAGACACACUCAAGAGCUUCCUGUCUCACAGUGAAGAUGCUCUGUUGGCUAAGGAGCUCUACCCUUUUUGGAUAUCUACUCUGGAUGAAGAGGAUGAGAUGGCCCGAGUACAAAAAUAUAAGUUCUACAUUCAAAGUUUACCCAAGGUCAACAGGUCAACACUUGAUGCUCUACUGCAACAUUUGUACAGGGUCCAGAGGUGCUCACACAUGAACCAGAUGAGCACGCUAAAGCUGGCGUGCGUUUUCUCGCCGUGUCUGUUUCAAACAGAAGGACGCACACCUCAGGAGACUCGCGUGGUGGAGGACCUCAUCAACAAUUAUAUCCAGCUUUUCUCUGUCAAUGAAGAGCAGGUUAGGCAAAUGGAGAAAGAAAACAGCUUUAUCACCAGAUGGAAGGACACCACGUUUUCCCCCGCCGGUGACCUGAUAUUUGAGGUCUACUUGGAAAAAAAGGAGCCAGAAAAGUGUUGUUUAAUCAAGGUUUCUCCUAGCAUGCGGUCCGAUGAGCUUGCUGUCAAUACUUUGGAGAUGAAGGGUUUGAUGCUCAGAGCUCAAGACCUCUGGACAACCUUUGAGGUCAUCGAGAAUGGAGAGCUGGAGCGACCUUUACACUACAAAGAGAAGAUCCUGGAGCAGGUGUUAGAGUGGAGCUCUCUGGAGGAUCCCAGCUCGGCCUUCCUGCUCAUUAAGAAAUAUUCUGGAUGCAAAAUGACAGAUUCCAAUUCAGAUAAACUGAAAGAUUUCAUCAAAGGCGAGCAACUCAAGUUCAAAGACGGCUCCUCCAAAUUGCUGUCAGGGAAUAAAUUUCAGGACCGAUACCUGGUACUUCAGGACAAAAAACUGCUGUUAUACAAAGACAUAAAAAGUACCAAACCUGAAAGAGAAGCUCAUCUGAAAUCUGUGAAAUGUUACUUAGGGCUACGAAGGAAGUUGAAACCAACAAGCAGUUGGGGAUUUACUGUUUAUACUGAAAAGCAGCAGUGGUAUUUCUGCUGUAAGGGGAAUGAUUCUCAGCAAGACUGGGUCAUCUCCAUUAUCAGAGUGAAGCAUGGAGGUGACUUAUGGCCUAAAGACCUGAAGCAGAGCGCAUCAUUACCUUACAACCUGAGCAGAAGAACAUCCACACACAGCAUUGCUCAGACCAAACACAACAGAGAGGUUAAAGGGAAGUCAGUCCUUAGUACAAGUAUAGAAACUCCAACUACACAAAAGCAAUUGAUCACCAAUAAGUACGACCAACCAGACUCGACAUUUGCUGGCAGUGUGGACUCUCAGUGUGAGUCCAGGAUGGAAAUGCUAAUGGUUGACACACUGAAAUCUCGGCAAGGAGCGUCGCCUCAACAGGACCCCGGCGCUCUUCCACAACUUCAGAAGAAAGCUGUGGCGUCCAGCAGAGGAGCGCAGUUGCCUCAGAACAUCAUUAAUGAACUAAGUACCGUCCUCAAUAAAACAGGACGCUGUUCAAAAGGAAAUGACUAAGAGACACAACGACAGAGUCUUGUCUACUGCUCUCAGAGGAUCUGGAGGACAUGAGGAUUUUGGAAAUUAAAUUUAACGUCAAACCAUAAAAUUGUAAAAAGUUUUAUAUUCAUACCUUAUGCACUUUUAAAAAGCCAAAGCUAGACAUGUUACUCGUUGGAAAUGUAGGUAAAUGUCAAAAAAAUUGGGAUAAAUUUCAUUAUAAAAAUCAAAGUUCGACUGGAUCCUCUGAAAGAUCUUUUUAGAAAUUUUCACAUCAAGCCAUAUGUAGAAUUCAGUAUAAGUGAACUUUUGAUAUUGCUGUAGGUUUCGCAUGGUAAUAUUUAUAAAACACUACCAGAAAACAUUGAUCCGGCAACAUUGAUCUGAUUAUAAUUGAUCCCACCUUUUCCAUUUUAUGAAAGCGUUUUUUCAUGAUGAGCGAAAUGAAUCAUUCUGUUCGUGUUAAUCUAGCAAGCCGUUUUCUGUGAAUAUCAAGAGAUUCUUGUGUCCUUGGAUACAAAAAUAACCCACUAUUCCAAACUUCCAACAUUCUUAAAUAAUGCAUACGAGUACUACAUUGGAUAUUGUCGCCGAGUUCAAUAUAAAAUAUUUAUACUUGACAUUUUAUGUAGAUUAUGAAUCACUCAAGAGUUGCCCGCAUCUCGUGUUAUUUUUAAAAAUGUAAUUGUGCACUUGUGCCUGUCGUGAUAACUUUUAACAUUCUAAGGACUGUAGCAAAAUGUCAGUUGUUAAACCGGUUAAAUUGAGUGUUUCUGUAUAUGUUUUUUAAUGUCAUCAGUGCUUUGAUGAAUUUAACAGUUUUCUUUCUGUGUAAAACUCCUCAGUGUUUGUAGAAAUAUUUUGUAAAAAAUGUUCAAUGUUUUAUGUCUUGUCAUAAAAAUAUGCUGCUGCUGUUACUCUUCAUCA